AACCGGAGUUGUUUAAAGGCGUUUACACCGAUCUAUGAUAAACAAUAUCAACUUUCUUGUGAGAGAGGACUGGAUCAAACUAGGCGAAUGGGACAUCCUCUAUCGUUCAUCCUCUUCCACCUUCUACCCGUCAUCCUCUUCACAGCCCAGCUCACCUUAGCCCCAGACCCUGUAUGCAAGGGCACCUGCGGCUCCGUACAGGUCAAGUACCCUUUUGGUACCGGCACAGGCUGCGGCUCGCCUCGGUUUCAGCCCUAUGUAACAUGCAAAUCCGACGAAGACCUGCUCGUUUUCACCACACACACAGGUUCGUAUCCCAUCACCUCCAUAUCCUACACCACUUCCACCCUAAUCAUCUCACCCUCCGACAUGUCGACAUGCACAUCCAUGCGCCAGUGCUCCUCUAGCUUGGGCGUCGACUGGGCCAGUCCUUUCCAGCUCGGUCCGUCAACUUUCAUCCUCAUUUCAUGCACGCCUCCGACCUCUUCCCUCACCCUCAAGGGCACCCCCAUCUGCGACCCUUCCUACUCUCACCUCUGCGCUUCUCUAUACACGUGCCCCGCAGUCGUCUCGCUCGGUCUGCCUCUGUUCCCGCCUACCAACUCUUGUUGCGUGUACUCUCCGGCGAAUCUGAACGGCAAGGGGGAACUGGAUUUGCGUGCACUGAAGUGUGAAGGGUACGCCUCUGUGCUGUCGUUAGGGAUGUACCCUACUGACCCGUCGCAAUGGCUGUAUGGGGUGGCGUUGAAAUAUGUCAACGGAGUAUUGGAUAAUAACAUCAUCGACACCAAAUGUAACGCAUGCGAGAUGAGUGGUGGUGUGUGUGGGUACGCGCCUCCUAGUAACUCCUUUGUCUGCGUCUGUAAGAAUGGAUACAAUACGAGUAUGGAUUGCAAUAAAAACUACGGUCAGGGUCAGGCCGGGAUCUUUUGGAGCACUGCUUCUUUGCCAACUGGUGAAAUCUGGUUUGGGUUUCUGGCAGGCCUGAUUUUCUGUUUGUUUACUUGAGAAGAGAGAAUAAUAUGUAGGCUUGGCUUUAGCUGGAUUGAGUAGCUCUUUUUAAGUUGUAUUACUGGAACUCUUAAGUCUGAAGAACUUUCGGUUCGCGAAAGUGGCGAAUAGUGAAGUAGGCCAAGAUCAUGAUCAAAGAGAAAAAGAAGGGAAUAAAGGCAGCUGAGGCACAAGCAUCUCCUCUUUUACGCAAUUAUCUCCACCGUGUACGAAUGUGCCACCGUCCACGUGAUGCAAUUUGCCAAACCAAACGCACAGAGUUUAAAAAGAAAUUGACGUUCGGUUGCCC